AGCAUUUCAUUCUCCAGCAGGUCCCCAAACAUCCGACUGCGCAACCUACCUGGCCCUCCAACCAUUCACACCUGAGUGGCUUUUAGGGUGGAGACUACAAAGGUACUUGUGCGUAUGGUGUGUGUGUGUGUUGGCACGCCUCACGCACGCACACACUACGGGAAAGAAGUUGCUUGGAGGCAAAGCAGCUGCUGAGAAGUGAAGAAGAAAGUCAGCACAUUCCUCUUUGAGUGGAAGCAACAGGACUGAAUGGAGCACCAGUGAUCAACUAAAGAUCUGGAUCCACCGAACUACAAGGCAGAGGGAAUCAAAAUUAAAAUAAUGGAAGAGCAGUCUGUAAGCUUCGUUCUGGCCGACUACUUAGUCUUUGCUGCCAUGUUGUUGGUCUCUAUGGCCAUCGGACUCUUCCAGGCCCUGAAGAAGAGGCCAGGGGACGCCACUGCUGAUGACUUCUUCACUGGGGGUCGGAGCAUGCCGGCAGUGCCUGUUGGGAUGUCGCUCUGUGCCAGUUUUAUGUCAGCAGUCCAGGUUCUGGGUGUUCCUGCCGAGGUUUCCCGCUAUGGCUUUAAAUUCCUCUACAUGUGCCUCGGACAAAGCAUCAACUCCCUGCUGACAGCGUACCUCUUCCUGCCAGUUUUCUACCGACUGGGCAUCACCAGCACCAAUCAGUAUCUGAAGAUGAGAUUUGGCAGAGGGAUGCAGCUGUUGGGGAGCAUCCAGUUUCUGGUGGCGACGCUGCUUUACACAGGGAUUGUCAUCUAUGCACCUGCCUUGAUCCUCAACCAAGCUACUGGACUCAAUAUGUGGGUGUCUCUGUUUUCUACUGGGAUCAUUUGCACCCUGUACACCACACUGGGUGGCAUGAAAGCUGUGAUCUGGACUGAUGUGUUCCAGAUUAUUGUCAUGUUGGCCGGCUUCAUGGCCAUUUUCAUCCACGGCACAGUUCUGGUUGGUGGUCCUGCAGUGGUGCUGGAGAUUGCCAACAAUGGAUCACGCAUUAAUUUUGAUGAUUUUGGUGUUGACCCGCGGCAGCGCUAUACCUUCUGGAGCCUGUCUGUUGGAGGUUCAUUGGUUUGGCUGUCCAUGUACGGGGUAAACCAAGCUCAAGUCCAGCGCUAUGUCUCCUGCAGAACAGAAAAAGAUGCCCAGUUGGCAUUGUUUGUGAACCAAGUGGGUCUGUGUCUCGUUGUUGGAAGUGCAGCAACUUGCGGCAUCGUCAUGUUCGCUUAUUAUGUCAACUGUGAUCCACUGCAGUCUGGGAUGAUUUCUACCCCUGACCUGUACAUGCCGUACUUCGUGUUGGAGAUAUUCAAAAAUCACCCUGGAUUUCCAGGUCUUUUCCUGGCCUGUGCAUACAGUGGGACUCUGAGCACGGCCUCCACAAGUAUCAACGCAAUGGCUGCAGUAACGAUGGAGGAUCUGCUGCGACCUCAUCUGCUCCACAUGACCCAGAAGAAAUUGAUACUCAUUUCCAAAGGACUGUCGUUCCUGUACGGAAUUGGUUGUAUCACCAUAGCUGCUCUCUCCUCCCUCGCGGACUGGGGAGUUCUUCAGGGAUCGUUCACAGUCAUGGGUGUGGUCAGUGGUCCACUACUGGGCGUAUUCAUUUUGGGGAUGUUUGUCCCAGCAACAAACAGGCUGGGAGCAUUCUCAGGAUUCUUAGUGGGCUUCUGUGUCUCUGUGUGGCUGGCUGUUGGUUCAACUCUGUACCCACCCAGUGAGGAGACCAUGGGUGUCCUGCCCUUCUACACAAGCGAGUGUGUACCGAGCAACAUCACCCUGAACCGCAGCCCCAUCUCCACCCCGCUUCACCCCGAUGACCAGGGGGACCUGAUUAACUUCUACUCCAUGUCCUACCUCUACUUUGGUGCCAUGGCGACUAGUUCGGUCGUGCUAUUUGGGCUGAUAGUGAGCUAUGCAACAGGACCAACAAAGAGGAAUCAAAUUAAAGACGGUUUGUUAUGGUGGGAUCUGAACAAAAAGAAAGUAAAGGUCCUAUCAGAGCGCAGAAGCGGAACAAAGUCCAGAAUGUUUCCCUGUCUUCUGCACAAUGCAUGCUGGGAUACGCUGCAGCCGCCUAGGAGUCUGAAUAGCAAUAACCAGGGAGACGAGGCAACAGAUAAACCACAGCUUGUGCCUUUGAGGGACCUGCAUCAAGAAGACACAAAUGAAAAAGAACCAACAGAUGUUGCGAAUAUUAAAUCUCCACUCAGAGUUUAGGUGUUGGGCAACUGGACUAUUUUUUAUUCCAAAUAAUACUAAUGAUGGUGACUUUUCCUCUUCAGUAGCAGUAAGCAUCUUUAUCACUAGUCUAUUUUUCCCCAUUCAAUUCUACUCUUACUGUAAUAUCUAAAGUUGUCGUCACUUUCUAAGUCUGCUCCACAUUUGGAGCUAUGUUGAGUUAAAAUAAAAUACUAUUCGUAAAAAAAAUCUAUUCCUUAAAAAGUGAUUGGAUAAUAAAGGGCUUUAUUACUGUGCCAAGGAAAGUAUACACUCUAAUCAAAAAGCCCUCAGGUGUUAUUUGAAUUCCUGUAAUGCUGAAAGGCUCUUUCAUCGAAAAAACAUUCAUUCUGGUAUGUUCCAUAUCUGUAGCAAUGCACACCUGCACUUCAACCAGUGUUAAUGGAUAUGAGACAGGGGUUAACAGUAGGCUAAUUCAACUCUGGUUUCAUGUUCAAGUUCAUGUCUUUACAUGACCUAAAGUGUCUUAUUUAUUGGACAGUAAAGAGAGGGUCUUUUUUUUUUUUACACAAAGUGGAAUGACUCUGUCUUUAGUAUUUUCUUGUACAACUCCUAUAAAAGUGAGAUCUCCUUGCCUGGUAUGGCUUAACACGUAUUGUAAAGCUAUCAAAGCAUUUUACAGUAAGUCUUAAAAAUGCAAACUAGUUUAUAGGUCAUUACUCCUCCAGUUCCCACAUAGCCGACAUCAGCAAGGACCUAUUACACAAAAAUAAGCAGUAUAGGCGGCACCAUUAUUGUCUAUGAUCCAAUUCACCAUAAAUAGCAGCGUUGUAUAUGAACAAACUCUACUGCAUCCUGGAGUAACAUGAAAGACAUCUUCUGUUGUGAAUAGCUUAUUGACAGUAAUAGAUAAAAAAAAAUGUCCUUGAGCUUGACUCUUUGCUCUUUGCAAGCCACAGCUUGGCUCCAGUUUCAAUGGAGAAACAUUAAGACACAAUCUUCCUCUUACAAAUAAAAAGUCAAAUUCAUAAGAAAUUAAAUACAACCGGGCUAUAUUCAAUAAACUAAACUUGACUUUAUGACUCUUGUCUACUUGAGCAACUGUUGCGCUAUAUUUUUACAUUUAUUACAUAAGCCCUGUUUCGACCACAGAAACUUUAGAACCUUUUGAGGAAUGCACUGCAUUUUGAGUGCAGGGACCAGGGUUUGAAUUAAGUCCCGGGGACAUUUUCCGGGGACUUUUUAACCCCCAAAAUGUCUUGGUCGGGGGGUAGUGCUGGAGCGUGGGGUUUUGCAGGGAUGACGGGCGCCACUGUUUCAACUCGUGUACCGCUUCCUUCAUAACACAAGGAAGUAUUCUCGUAUCGAUUUAGGACCAUUUUAGGAUGAGGGUCGAGCAUUUUUCUUUGUUUGAUCACAUUAAAAGUAAAGUCAGGCUUUGCUGUUGGCUUCCUGACUCAUUUAAAAUUAGAUUGAGAUGAUAGAAUUAGAUUAAUUUGCCUAAUCUUCGCAGGUUUAAAGGCCCUGAUCAGACCUGGCAUUAACAUGGGUCCUGAGUGAUCUCAACACAAGUGGACAGCUUUAAGUACGUCUGUUCACAGCUUGCAUUAAAAUGCGUCUCCACAUGCGUUUUAAGUCACUUCCCUUUCAUGCCUUAAAUCCCCAGUGUGCUGUAAAUUGUCUCUCAAUGGUAGAAAUACAUUGAGUCAUAAACUAUUUCCAGAGUGGGUCUGGUAAGUUAGUCAGUCAAAACUUCUUCAAAGGCUGUGGAGGCUUUUGCGACUCCUCAUCAAGAUAACCGAGAAGUGUUGGUUCCGGUUUGUUAUCAGUGGGGGAGGAUCCAGUUUGGUGAAUUUGUAACCCGUGUCACAAUUCAUUCAGUUAGGUCACAAAUUAAAGAGUAGGUUUUAUAGACAAGAUCCUAUUUUUAAAAUAAAAAAUUCUGUUUGCCUACACAAGAAGGGAACAGGUUGAUUUAACUCUAAAUUAAUACCAUAUUUAACUAUUGCUUCAUGGUUGCUUCUGCAUCAUUCACAUUGCUCUGUUAUAUAAUGAAACUUUAAUGUUUUUGAAGGUUUUCUUUUGUUUAAUUACUUGUAAAUGUAGUGCUACAGAUUUUAACUACAGAAUUUUUAGCAAAUUGAUGAGACUCCAAACACAUACUGGGUACAUGAAAUUGUGAAUAGUGUUGCAUACAUAGGUGAAGAGUAACACAUAUUACCGUUAAUACGCAGCUUUUUAUGUGCUUAUACUUUUGAGUACAAUAUCAAAUAGUGUUUAACUUCUGCAAGUGUAUUUUAAAUUGAAAUAUUGUACUUUAUUUUUUUUGUCUCUCUUUCCUUUCUAUGUCAUAAUAAAUAUUUCUGAUGGUGAAAAUAUGGUCAAUAGUUUUGAGAGGGAGUGGUAUAGUUUUUUUUAAUUUAUUUACUUAUGUUCAGUUACGACCAUUCAUUUUUAGGUUUUAUAUUUAGACUUAAAGUUGGGAACUUAUAGGUACUUUUGUGUAAUGUAAAUGUACUUAAUCAUGUGUUAUAUUUUAGGAAAAAAUAACCAUACUUAUACUAGAGAAUGACUUCUGCAAGUGUAUUUUAAAUUGAAAUAUUGUACUUAUUUUAUUUUUUUGUCUCUCUUUCCUUUCUAUGUCAUAAUAAAUAUUUCUGAUGAUGAAAAUAUGGUCAAGUGUUUGGAGAGGGAGUGGUAGUUUUUUUUUAUAUAUUUACUUAUUAUCAGUUAUGACCAUUCAUUUUUAGAUUUUAUAUUUAGGCGUACUUUUGUGUAAUGUAAAUGUACUUAAUCUUGUGUUAUAUUUUAGGAAAAUAACCAUACUUAUACUAGAGAACGAUAGUCUUUAUACCAUUUUUAGGCCCUUCAAAAUGAGACUACAGAAUAAGACACUAUGUGAUCAUAACCUGCCAUUAAUAAGAGAGGUGUACUAAAGUAGGCUUUAUAUUUUGGUGGAUACUGACACCUGCUGAUGAGUGAGUGUCACUUCAAAAAAGAUGCACACACAUGG